AUGGUUGAUGGAAUUUUACUGUGUCAAGAAGCAUUGAAUGCUGAGCGGGAGCUAUGUCAUCCAGAUACAGAUCUCUGCAGAUUUGAUGCUACAGAUGAAGAGUUGAGAUUGUGUCAGGCCUGUGGGUUUGAAUUUGACAUGUGUGAGUGGACGUCAGAAGCAUCUGCUGGCCAAAUUUCCUGGAUGCGCACAAAAGCAAGAGAGAUCCCUGCAUUCGAAUCCACACCUCAGCAGGAUCAAGGAGGUGAUGAUGAAGGUUAUUAUGUAUGGGUAGGCGCUAAGCAUGCUUUCACUUUUAACCAUUUAGACAGCAGGGCUUACCUAAAUAGCUCUGUGUGUCAUUGCCUGUGCAAGAGCUGUCAUCUUCAAUUCUAUUAUGCAAUGGAAAGCAGUGUCCUGAGAGUAAGACUGUAUAAUAAUAAGAUGCGAUCAAAAGUAGUGAAACUCAACAACAUUGACUUUGGUACCCUUGAUUUCUUCACUGGAAGAGAAAAGCAUAGACUGGCAUCUCUAAGAGAUAGAGUGUUAAUAAAUAUGUUAAAUAUUUUUCUUGAAAGCUUUUUCAAUUUGACUACCAAGACUUCAGAUUUCCUAGUACCUUAUAUCAUACAGGAAGAAGAAAUAUUUUGGACAUACAACAUAUCAACUCACAGCCAAUGGGUGAAAGCAGAUGUGUUAAUACCAGAAGAUCUGAAGACACUUAAGAGCCAGAGAAGUUUUAUUGCCCUUGAUCACCUCUGGGUCUAUGUCUGUGGACAGACCCAAUCCAGAAAGCUUUGCUCUGCAGACGAAUUCCCUUGCACUAGUGGCCAGUGCAUCGCCAAAGAAUCUGUCUGUGACUCUCGGCAGGACUGCUCCGAUGAGAGUGAUGAAGACCCAGCAACUUGCUCAAAGCAUCUCGCCUGUGACUUUGAGUCCGGUUUCUGCGGUUGGGAGCCAUUUCUCACAGAAGAUUCACACUGGAAGCUGAUGAAAGGAUUGAAUAAUGGAGAGCACCACUUUCCUGCAGCUGAUCACACAGCAAACAUAAAUCAUGGAUCGUUUAUUUAUUUGGAGGCACAGCGCUCCCCCGGGGUGGCCAAGCUUGGAAGUCCUGUUCUUACAAAAUUGCUCACUGCCUCUACCCCAUGUCAGGUGCAGUUUUGGUAUCAUUUGUCUCAACAUUCAAAUCUCUCAGUUUUUACAAGAACGUCUCUAGAUGGAAACUUGCAAAAGCAAGGCAAAAUAAUCAGAUUCUCCGAAUCUCAGUGGAGCCACGCAAAAAUUGAUCUCAUUGCAGAAGCGGGAGAAUCUACUCUACCUUUUCAGUUAAUUUUGGAAGCUACUGUUUUGUCAUCAAAUGCUACCGUUGCUCUAGAUGACAUCAGUGUGUCCCAGGAAUGUGAAAUUUCCUAUAAAUCACUACCAAGGAGCAGCACACAAAGCAAGUGUAAGUUUUCCCUUGUCGUUGUUGCUGUUUUAAACAUUGAAUUAAGCUCUUCUCAGUAUCAAAAUAUAAAAUGUAUUAGAGUCACGAAUACCUAAUACAGGGUGUGGAUUAUAUCACCUGUUCUUGAAACCUAAAAAAUAU